AUGUUCAAGCAACUGUCUAUCGUUCUGGUUGUCUUCGCAGUGAUGGCUCAUGCCACGAUGAACCUUCCAAGUCAAGAGGAGUACAACGCCGAAAUGAAAUCAGCUGGAAUGUCGCAAAGUUCGAUUGAUGGCUUGAACAACCUGAGCCAAAAGUUUGUGAGCCAAUACCCAGUCGUUCAGUCCAACAAAUCGGCAGCAGAUAAAUUUAUGGCCGAGUACACUACCGAAGCGCAAAACUUUGUCAAAUCAAUGCCCGUGGAAGAUCAGAAGAUUUAUGCAGAGAGUCUUAAGAAAUAUGGGCUUAUCUAA